GUCAAAUCUGUCAUCAAUACGCGGAGAUGAAUAGACGCUUCAGCUCCAUGUUGGCUCUUUAUUCAUAAUAAGAACGUCGUCUGUGAGCUUUUGAUGAUUUGACAUCACUGCGCCACACACGGGCGGUGUUUCUGUGACUUAAUGGGCGGAAAGAAGAAGAAAUCGGCGGCUCCGGUGGCUCCGGUGGCGGCGGCAGCAGCAGCAGCGGGCAGGAGCGGUGCCGCUGCGGGGAACAUCGUGGCAGAGGAGCCGAAGAAACAGGCAGCCAGCAACAAGCCAGCUAAAGCAGCCAAAGAAAACAAAUCGAAAGCUCCAAAGACCUACAGCCUUGCCAACACCGCCCAGGUCGACACAGGUGGAGUCUCAGACAAGUCCAUUUUGAAGGUUGCUAUCCAGGCUGAGCUGGAGAAGAAGAUCAUCAGGCUGAUCAAUGACUUCAGACAGGAGAAUGGAGACAAAGGGCCCAUAUCAGGCAGACUUACAAGCAAGAAACUGCUGGAUCUGUACACAGCUUUGCAGAAGUUCAACUUUAAGCGAGAACACAUUGAGGAGGCGAUGAAGAGCAGCGUGCUCUACGGAGGGGAUCUCCUCUCUGCUCUCGACUGGCUCUGCCUCAACCUUAAAGAUGAUGAGCUUCCAGAAGGUUUUAGCCAGCAGAUGCAGGAAGAGAGCCAGAGGAGCAGACCUAGGUUCCAGCCUCCUGUUCAGCAGAAACCUGCCGCCUCGAGCCCCAAGGUUCCUGAGAACACCCGCAAAGAGCCCACCAAGGCUACAGAAAAGGAUGCAGCUGUAAGCAUGAAGGACUGGAUCUUGAGGUAUGCAGAGCAGAGCAGCGAGGAAGAGGAGGACGAGGAGGAGGAAGGAGGGAAGAAGACUACGCGCAACCCUGAACUGGAUGAAAAGUUUGACCCGAAUGACCGGUAUUUGAUCCUCUCUGCUCAACUGUAUGAUGCUAAAGACAUGGCAGCUGCUGCCAAGACCAAAGGAGACAAGGGGGGCCAGAGGAUGGCACAGGACAGGAUACGCAUCAUACAGCAAGAAAUGAAACCACUGGAGUCUCACCCCAUGUUCAAUCCAGCUAUAAAAGUUGUGGACGUCCCUCAGAAGGAAAAGAAAGUACUUCCUGCCUGUGACGAUAAAGAGGGCAUCACCUUCAAUUUAUUUGAACAACCUGAAAAGGAGCAACCUGCCGAGAAAGUCAUAAAAAAGAACGAGCCGAAGGACAUUCGUAAUUUUGACUACACAGCUCGCAGCUGGACUGGAAAGUCUCCCAAACAGUUCCUCAUCGACUGGGUCCGAAAAAACCUGCCAAAGAGCCCAGCACCGGCUUUUCACAAGGUCCCUGCUGGUCGAUACUGGAGAAGCAAGGUGCGUAUUCAGAGGCCAGAUGAUGUUCUGGAGGUUUGUCCCACCAUCCUGACUGAGGACAGCAUGCAGGCUCAACAUUUAGCAGCCACACUGGCACUCUACACCCUGAUCAAGGGGCAGUCCGUGCACCAGCUCCUUCCACCCACCUACAGAGACGUGUGGUUGGAGUGGCGGGACAGCGAGCAGCAGCAAAAGGAAGAGAGCCGCACGGCUGCCAACAAACCGAGAGACCAGUUCAUCUCCCGGCUCCUGACGAGACUCAAACAGCAACAGAACGAGAGCCAAGAGAAGGGGUCUGGAUCCCACGACCAGGUUGGGGACCCGGUUCGGCCUAGCCAGGGGGGAGAUGAAGAGCCUGAAGAGUCAUGGGAGAACCUGGCUGGUCUUGAUAUUAGGGAGGGAGGAGAGGAAAUGGAGGACAAGAGUGAGAAAAGAGGAGGGAGGAGAGAAGCUGCCGGAGCACUUGAGGCGUCCAGGGAGCUCUUAAUAAAGCUGAAGAAAUCCUCGCUUGCCCACAAACUGCAGGCUGAGCGAGAGCAGCUCCCCGUCUUCCAACACCGACACCGUGUCCUGGAGGUUCUGCAGCGCCACCGUGUGGUAGUGGUUGCUGGUGAGACGGGCAGCGGGAAGAGUACUCAGAUCCCUCAGUUCCUGCUGGAGGAGCUGCUGACUGGGGGCAAAGAGGCACAGCCCUGCAACAUCGUGGUGACUCAGCCCCGCCGGAUAUCUGCCAUGAGCCUGGCCUGCAGAGUCAGCCAGGAGCUGGGAUGUGAGGAUGGACCGGGAUCCAAGUCGUCGCCGUGCGGAUACCAGAUCCGGAUGGAGAACCAGUCCGGGGAGUGGACCCGCCUACUUUACUGCACAACUGGAGUUCUGCUCAGGAAACUCCAGCACGACAGACACCUCAGCUCCCUGACUCACAUCAUCGUAGAUGAGGUCCACGAGCGCAGCGUGCAGUCAGACUUCCUGCUCACCAUCCUAAAAGAUGUUGUUAUGAGAAGAUCGGACCUGCAGCUGAUCCUCAUGAGCGCCACAGUCGACUGCAACAAGUUCUCCAACUACUUCAACCGCUGCCCAGUGAUCAACAUUCCCGGCAGGACUUUCCCAGUGGAGGUGUUUCAUUUAGAAGAUAUAGUGGAGCAGACAGGGUACGUCCUGGAAAAGGACUCAGAGUACUGCCAGAAAAUUCUCGAGGACGAGGAAGAAGUCAGCAUCUCUGUCUCACAGAAAGGUGGCAAGACGUUACAACACCAGGAGGUGAUAGUGAGAGACCCCGGCUCAGGCUGGGACCUGGGUCCUGAGCUCGACCACUUCAGCAGCAGGACCCGGCAGGUGCUGCAGUACAUGAACCCUAACAAGAUCAACAUGGACCUGCUGGUUGACCUCGUGGAUUAUUUAGACAAAUCCCCACAAUUUGCAGUUUUGGACGGAGCCGUUCUCGUGUUCCUCCCAGGUCUGGCUCAUAUCCAGCAGCUGUUCGAUCUGCUCUCUUCAGACAAGAGGUUCAGGGACAAAAACAGGUAUAGGAUUGUUGCUCUUCACUCAACUCUUUCAUCUAAGGACCAGGCUUCUGCCUUCACAGUGCCCCCUGCUGGAGUUAGGAAGAUUGUUUUGUCGACUAACAUUGCUGAGACGGGUGUGACUAUUCCUGAUGUUGUGUUUGUCAUCGACACUGGGAAGACCAAAGAAAAUAAGUACCACGAGAGCAGCCAGAUGAGUUCUCUGGUGGAAACUUUUGUUUCUAAAGCCAGCGCCUUCCAGAGGCAGGGGAGAGCAGGACGUGUCCGACACGGCUUCUGCUUUAGACUCUACCCAAAAUUCAGGUUUGAUGCCUUCAUGGAUUACUCUAUACCAGAGAUACUGCGGGUCCCACUGGAGGAGCUCUGCCUUCACAUCAUGAAAUGUCAGUACGGCUCCCCGGAGGAAUUCCUGAGCAGGGCCCUCGACGCUCCUCAGCCCCAGUCGGUCAGUAACGCCGUCAGCCUGCUGCGGAAGAUCGGUGCGUGUCACCCCAGCGAUCAUCACCUCACCCCUCUGGGACACCACUUGGCGAGUCUGCCGGUCAACGUGAAGAUCGGCAAGAUGCUGAUCUACGGAGCCAUCCUCGGCUGCCUGGAGCCCAUAGCAACGAUCGCAGCAGCCAUCACUGAGAAGUCUCCCUUCUCCACACCAAUGAAUAGAAAGGAGGAAGCUAACCUGGCCAAAGCUGCACUGGCAUUAGCCAACUCCGAUCAUCUGACGAUAUACAACGCAUAUCUGGGGUGGAAGAACAUACGGACUGAGGGAGCGAGAGAAGAAAUGUCCUAUUGCAGGAAACACUUCCUGAAUCGAACAGCUCUCAUUACAAUAGAGGAUGUGAAGCACGACCUGAUGAAGAUGAUGGAGCAGGUGGGUUUCUGUUCGUCUCGCUCCUCUUCUCAGUCCAAGUCCCAGGCGGUGGCGCUGUCCAAGCAACAGAUCGCAGUCGUGAACGCAGCACUGACAGCGGGGGUCUACGACAGCGUGGCCCGGGUCUUGUGCACCCCGUCCGUGGAUGUGCUGGAACGACUGGCCUGCACGGUGGAGACGCCUCAAGGCAGAGCCCAGGUCCACCCGUCAUCUGUCAACCGCAACCUGCAGACACACGGCUGGCUGCUGUACCAGGAGAAGGUGAAAUACACAAAGAUCUACCUGCGAGACACCACGCUGAUUUCCCCGUUUCCCAUGCUGCUGUUCGGAGGUGACAUCGAUAUUCAGCACAGAGAGAGGCUCAUCACGCUGGACGGGUGGAUACAUUUUCAGGCUCCUGUACGGAUUGGUGUGAUCUUCAAACACCUGAGGAAGCUGAUGGACUUUCUGCUUGAAAAGAAACUGGAGAAUCCGAGAAUGAAUCUGGAAGGCGAGAAGACCAUCCAGGUGAUUCUGGAUCUGAUCAAAUCAGAGCAUGCUAUGUGAUGUCAACCAUUUCACAGACGGAACCUUCAAACCAGGAUCUUUUCACACAGCAUCAACAGGCUCUGCAUCCAGGACUCCCCCUGACAAAAUGCCUCCCAAUUAUAACUCUACUGUUCAGCAUUAACACCCAGCACCCACUGGACAGAUGUGAGUGUCCUAAGGAUGAACUUUGAGUCGCCAGGAACUCUUACUCACAUUGAGGAGUGUACAGUGUGAAAUCAUGAAAUGUGAGCAUAAAAAUAGUCACAGAGUAAUGUUGCCAAAUGCAGUGGGAAUAAAGCUGUUUUAAUAGUCA